AUGCUCCCAGGUGAGGGCGCAGAUGACGAAGUCGUGGUGAUCUUACAACCACCAAGGCUGCUGGUCAAGCUGAAGUAUGUCCAGCCGGACGAGUUCUGGGUGGCGGUGAGAGCCAUUUAUGGGCUUCGUCAAUCACCAAAACUAUGGGGCGCACAUCGCGACACCAAGAUGGGCGGCAUGAGUUGGGAAGGUCAAGAAGGCACCAUCACCCUAGAACCCAUGGUUGGUGAUCCAAACAUCUGGAAGAUGAUCCAACUGAAAGAAGGCUGGGAAGAGGUCACCAAGGGCCUGAUUUUGGUCUACGUGGAUGAUCUGCUGAUCAUGGGGCCAGAGCCUUUGAUCCAGAAGUGUAUCAAAAGGAUUUCAGAAGAAUGGGAGAUAAGCAAGCCGGAGUGGCUAGGAAAAGAUCGAGGAGUCAAGUUUUUGGGCAUGGACAUUUGGCUUACAGAAGAAGGAGUUUUUUUGCAUCAAGGCAGCUACUUGAAGGAGCUGCUGAAAAGAAAUGGAGAAGAGCAUGGACUUCUCUCUGGAGUCCCAAUCACACGAGAUCAAGUUUUGCGCCUGGAGGAGGAUGAUCCACAGAAAGAUGCAGAUCAAGUCAAAUUAGCUCAGCGUGCGGUGGGAGAGUUGAUGUGGCUCCUCACCAGAACGCGUCCUGACUUGAUGUUUUGCCUCAGCAAGAUGUCUCAGGCCAUCUUGCGAAAUCCAAAAGAAGUCGUCGGAGUUUCCAAGCAGGUCUGGAAGUAUCUGAGGAAGACACAAGAUGAAGGUUUGUGGAUAAGAAGAGGAGAAAGAAACGUUUUGGAGGUCUAUACGGACUCGUCCUAUGGUCCUGGGGGAGCAGACUCUCAGGGCACAGUGCUGGUCCUCUGGAAUGGAAGCUCACUGCUGUGGAAGUCUGGAAGACAGUCCAUCCCAUCUCUCUCUACGGCGGAGAGAGAAGCCGAGUGGAAGUGGACUGAGUCGUCCAAAGGCAUUGCCACCUUUGGAUCAGGCUCCGCAACCAAAGUCUACUCACCAGAUAGAGCAGGCUCUGCAACCAAAGCCUGCAUCUCAGGCUGCUCCGCCACCAAUGAGUUUUUCUCCGCCGAAAAGUUCAGCACCAUCAGUGCCAACAGCAGUUCUUUCAACAUCUAG